GAAGGCUCUAGGGCUGCAUUACGUGUCUCGAUAGCCCCGACUAAGUCCGUACACCAUGCCUAAACCACAAAAACAAGAGGGGGAUGACCCAGAUCCCACCCCAUACUUGUUCGUAUCUCUCGAACAGAAACGUAUCGACCAAACUAAGCCCUAUGAUGCCAAAAAAUCUUGCUGGGUACCGGACGACAAGGAGGGUUUCUUGCUUGGUGAAAUCAAAGGAACCAAGGGUGAUCUUGUCACCGUUGGUCUUCCUGGAGGAGAGGAAAAGAACUUCAAGAAGGACCAAGUAACUCAGGUCAAUCCUCCAAAGUACGAAAAGGCCGAGGAUAUGUCAAAUUUGACAUACCUCAACGACGCUUCAGUAUUGCACAAUUUAAAACAACGUUAUUACCAUAAGCUUAUCUACACAUACUCAGGUUUGUUCUGUGUCGCCAUUAACCCCUACAAACGUUUCCCUGUAUAUACCAACCGUUGUGCCAAGUUGUACCGUGGUAAGAGGCGUAAUGAAGUACCACCCCACAUUUUCGCCAUUUCUGACGGUGCCUACGUCAACAUGUUGACCAAUCACGAAAAUCAAUCUAUGUUGAUUACUGGUGAAUCUGGUGCCGGUAAAACUGAAAACACGAAGAAGGUAAUUGCCUACUUCGCCACCGUCGGUGCCUCAACUAAGAAAGAUGCUGAUCCCAACCAAAAGAAAGGUAACUUGGAAGAUCAAGUUGUACAAACUAACCCUGUACUUGAAGCCUUCGGUAACGCCAAGACCGUGCGUAACGAUAACUCUUCCCGUUUCGGUAAAUUCAUCCGUAUCCACUUCGGCCCAACUGGUAAACUUGCUGGUGCUGAUAUUGAAACUUAUCUGCUAGAAAAGGCCCGUGUCAUUUCCCAACAGCCAUUGGAAAGAUCUUACCACAUCUUCUACCAGAUCAUGUCUGGAUCUGUACCUGGAGUUAAAGAUAUGUGUCUCUUGUCUAAUGACAUCUACAAUUAUUACUACGUGUCCCAGGGAAAAAUUACUGUUCCAAAUAUGGACGACGGUGAAGAAUUUUCAUUAACAGAUGAAGCCUUCGAUAUCCUUGGUUUCACACAAGAAGAAAAGGACAACGUAUACAAGAUCACCGCCGCUGUAAUGCACAUGGGUUGCAUGAAGUUCAAACAAAGAGGUCGUGAAGAACAGGCUGAACCAGACGGUACCGAAGAAGGUGAACGUGUUAGUAAACUCUUGGGUGUUGAAGCCCCAGCUCUCUACCAAGCUCUUGUCAAACCAAGAAUUAAGGUCGGUAACGAAUUCGUCACCCAAGGUCGUAAUGUCAACCAAGUAUCCUACUCCGUCGGUGCCAUGUCAAAGGCCAUGUUUGACAGGGUCUUCAAGUUCUUGGUCAAAAAGUGUAACGAAACUUUGGACACCAAACAAAAGAGACAGCACUUCAUUGGUGUACUGGAUAUUGCUGGUUUUGAAAUCUUCGACUACAACGGCUUUGAACAGCUUUGCAUUAACUUUACCAACGAAAAGCUACAGCAAUUCUUCAACCAUCACAUGUUCGUCUUGGAGCAAGAGGAGUACACAAGAGAGGGUAUUACAUGGGUCUUCAUUGACUUCGGAAUGGACUUGGCUGCUUGUAUUGAACUUAUUGAAAAGCCUAUGGGUAUCUUGUCCAUCCUUGAAGAAGAAUCUAUGUUCCCCAAAGCUACCGACAAGACCUUUGAGGAAAAAUUGAACACCAACCACUUGGGCAAAUCACCCAACUUCCAAAAACCAAAACCACCAAAACCAGGUCAGCAAGCUGCUCACUUCACCUUGGGCCAUUAUGCCGGUAAUGUACCAUACAAUAUAACCGGUUGGUUGGAAAAGAACAAGGAUCCCUUGAACGACACCGUUGUUGACUUGUACAAGAAGGGUUCCAAUGCCCUCGUUGUCGAAAUCUUCGCCGACCAUCCAGGUCAAUCUGGUGGUGCUGCCGAAAAAGGUCGUGGUAAGAAGGGUGGUGGUUUUGCCACAGUAUCUUCUGCAUACAAGGAACAAUUGAACAACUUGAUGACCACCUUGAGAUCUACCCAACCUCACUUCGUACGUUGUAUCAUCCCCAACGAAUUGAAACAACCCGGUGUCAUUGACUCUCACUUGGUAAUGCACCAGCUGACAUGUAACGGUGUACUUGAAGGUAUCCGUAUUUGCCGUAAAGGUUUCCCCAACAGGAUGGUCUACCCUGACUUCAAACUUCGAUACAAAAUUCUGGCCGCAAGUCAAAUCAAAGAUACUAUGACACCUGAAAAAGCAGCACAAAUUAUAUUGGAGAACGUUCAACUUGAUGCUGAGCAAUACCGAUUGGGUAAAACGAAGGUCUUCUUCCGUGCUGGUGUCUUGGGUCAGAUGGAAGAACUUCGUGACGACCGUCUUGGCAAGAUCGUCACCUGGAUGCAAUCUUGGGUCCGUGGUUAUCUCUCAAGAAAGGAAUUCAAGAAACUGCAAGAACAACGUUUGGCCCUCCAAGUGUGCCAACGCAACUUGCGCAAAUACCUCAAAUUGCGCACAUGGCCAUGGUACAAAUUGUGGCAGAAGGUCAGACCUCUCCUCAACGUCACCCGUAUCGAGGAUGAGAUUGCCAAACUUGAAGAGAAAGCCCAAAAAGCCCAAGAAGCCUUCGAGCGUGAAGAAAAGGCCAAGAAGGAAUUAGAAGCUCUCUAUGCCAAGCUCUUAGCUGAGAAGACCGAGUUGUUAUCUAACUUGGAAGGAGAAAAGGGAUCCCUUUCCGAAACUCAAGAAAGGGCCAACAAACUCCAAGCCCAAAAGAACGACCUCGAGUCUCAACUUUCUGAAACCCAAGAUCGUUUGAGCCAAGAGGAAGAUGCUCGCAACCAGUUGAUGCAACAAAAGAAGAAACUCGAACAAGAAAUGUCCGGUUUCAAGAAAGACAUCGAAGAUUUGGAACUCAACCUCCAAAAGUCUGAACAAGACAAAGCCACCAAGGAUCACCAAAUCAGGAACUUGAACGAUGAGAUCGCCCACCAAGACGAACUCAUCAACAAGCUCAACAAGGAAAAGAAAAUGUCUGGUGAAAACAACCAGAAGGUUUCUGAAGAACUCCAGGCCGCCGAGGACAAGGUCAACCACCUCAACAAAGUUAAGGCUAAGUUGGAACAAACCUUGGACGAACUCGAAGACUCUUUGGAACGCGAAAAGAAACUCCGUGGUGACGUAGAAAAAUCUAAACGUAAGGUUGAAGGCGACUUGAAACUCACCCAAGAGGCUGUAGCUGACUUGGAACGCAACAAGAAGGAACUCGAACAAACCAUCCAACGCAAAGACAAGGAAAUCUCAUCACUCACUGCCAAACUCGAAGACGAACAAUCCGUUGUUGGUAAACAACAAAAACAAGUUAAGGAACUCCAGGCUCGCAUUGAGGAACUCGAAGAGGAAGUUGAAGCUGAACGUCAAGCCCGUGCUAAAGCUGAGAAACAACGCGCUGAUUUGGCCCGCGAAUUGGAAGAACUCGGCGAACGUCUUGAAGAAGCCGGUGGUGCUACCUCAGCCCAAAUCGAACUCAACAAGAAACGUGAAGCCGAACUCGCCAAACUCCGUCGUGACCUCGAAGAAUCCAACAUCCAACAUGAAGGAACUCUUGCUAACCUCCGCAAGAAGCACAACGACGCUGUUUCUGAAAUGGGUGAACAAAUUGACCAACUCAACAAACUCAAAGCCAAGGCAGAAAGAGAUCGUGCUAACAUUUAUUCUGAACUUCAACAAACCCGUGGUGCAGUAGAACAAGUUGGUCGGGAAAAGGCCGCUAUAGAAAAGGUAUCCAAACAAUUGGGACAACAACUCAACGACGUCCAAGGCAAACUUGACGAAACCAACCGCACUCUUAACGACUUCGAUGCCGCCAAGAAGAAGUUGUCUAUUGAAAACUCCGACCUCCUCAGACAACUCGAGGAAGCCGAAUCUCAAGUAUCUCAACUCAGCAAGAUCAAGGUAUCCCUUACCACUCAAUUGGAAGAUACCAAGAGAUUGGCCGAUGAAGAGAGCAGAGAACGCGCUACCCUCCUCGGCAAAUUCAGAAACUUGGAACACGACUUGGACAACAUCCGUGAACAAGUUGAAGAAGAAGCCGAAGCCAAGGCUGAUAUCCAAAGACAACUCAGCAAAGCCAACGCUGAAUCUCAACUCUGGCGCCAGAAAUACGAAUCUGAAGGAGUUGCUCGCUCUGAAGAACUCGAAGAAGCUAAGAGGAAACUCCAAGCUCGUCUUGCUGAGGCUGAAGAAACCAUCGAAUCUCUCAACCAGAAGGUUGUAGCUCUUGAAAAGACCAAACAACGUUUGGCCACUGAAGUCGAAGACUUGCAACUCGAAGUCGACCGUGCUAACGCCAUUGCCAAUGCUGCUGAGAAGAAACAAAAGGCCUUCGACAAAAUCAUUGGAGAAUGGAAACUCAAGGUUGAUGACUUGGCUGCUGAACUCGAUGCCAGUCAGAAAGAAUGCAGAAACUACUCCACCGAAUUGUUCAGACUUAAGGGCGCCUACGAAGAAGGACAAGAACAACUUGAAGCUGUCCGCCGUGAAAACAAGAACCUCGCUGAUGAAGUUAAGGAUCUCCUUGACCAAAUUGGAGAAGGUGGCCGCAACAUCCACGAAAUCGAAAAGGCCCGCAAGCGCUUGGAAGCUGAAAAAGAUGAACUCCAAGCUGCUCUUGAAGAAGCUGAAGCUGCUCUUGAACAAGAAGAAAACAAAGUACUUCGUAGCCAACUUGAACUUUCUCAAGUCCGUCAAGAAAUCGACAGACGUAUCCAAGAGAAAGAAGAAGAAUUCGAAAACACCCGCAAGAAUCACCAACGUGCCCUCGACUCCAUGCAAGCCUCCCUUGAAGCUGAAGCCAAAGGUAAGGCUGAGGCCCUUCGCAUGAAGAAGAAGUUGGAAGCUGAUAUCAAUGAAUUGGAAAUCGCUUUGGACCACGCUAACAAGGCCAACGCUGAAGCCCAAAAGACCAUCAAACGCUACCAACAACAACUUAAGGACACCCAAACCGCCCUUGAAGAAGAACAAAGAGCUCGCGAUGAAGCCCGUGAACAACUUGGAAUUUCAGAACGUCGUGCUAACGCUCUUCAAAAUGAACUUGAAGAAUCUCGCACUCUUCUCGAACAAGCCGACCGUGCUCGUCGCCAAGCUGAACAAGAAUUGGGAGAUGCUCACGAACAAUUGAACGAUCUUGGAGCCCAAAACGCUUCCUUGUCUGCCGCCAAGAGGAAAUUGGAAACCGAAUUGCAAACCCUCCACUCAGACCUUGACGAACUUCUCAACGAAGCCAAGAACUCCGAAGAGAAGGCCAAGAAGGCUAUGGUAGAUGCCGCUCGUCUCGCUGAUGAACUCCGCGCUGAACAAGACCAUGCCCAAACACAAGAGAAACUCCGUAAAGCUCUCGAAGCUCAAAUCAAGGACCUCCAAGUACGCUUGGACGAAGCUGAAGCCAAUGCCCUUAAAGGAGGAAAGAAGGCUAUUGCCAAAUUGGAACAACGUGUUAGAGAAUUAGAAAAUGAAUUAGACGGUGAACAAAGGCGGCACGCGGAUGCCCAAAAGAACUUGAGAAAGUCUGAACGUCGUAUCAAGGAACUUAGCUUCCAAGCUGAAGAAGACCGCAAGAACCACGAGAGGAUGCAAGACCUCGUCGACAAACUCCAACAAAAGAUCAAGACCUACAAGAGACAGAUAGAAGAAGCCGAAGAAAUCGCCGCUUUGAACUUGGCCAAAUUCCGUAAAGCCCAACAAGAGCUCGAAGAAGCCGAAGAAAGAGCCGACCUCGCCGAACAGGCCAUCGCCAAAUUCCGUGCCAAGGGACGUUCAGGAUCUGCAGCUAGAGGAGCCAGUCCAGCGGUGAGUCUCUAAACAUGUUUAUAUUUUUUCACUUAACGAAACAAAAAAUUAGUAAAAUCUUUUAUCAAAGGUAUAUUUUAUUUAAAAAUCCCUUAAAGGGCUACAUCACAAAACGUUUUAGAACUAAAAAGUUCAUCAUCAGUGCUGUUAACAGGUUUUUAACAUGCUUGGGGCACCUAAAUAUAUGGGUUAAAACCCUUUAAAUAUUGUACAAUUAUAGAAAAUUUAGAUAUUUAUAUUAAAUUGAAUUUGAUGUUUAAAAUAAUCCUAGAUUUAACAUCAGGCAACACAGGAUUUCAAAGCCGCAUACGACUCAGUUAAUAGAGGUAAACUUCUACUUGCUUUGGUUGAAUUUCAAAUACCGCUUCCAAUUAACUGAACUUACACUCACAGUAGCAGAGAGCAUGAUAAAAAUCCAAAACGAUUUCUCAAGACCUUUCCAUUGCAAGAAUGGACUAAGACUGUGUCUCUUAUUUACCCAGGCAUUAGAAAAAGUAAUUCGAGAGUCCCAGAUUAAUACGAAUGGUACUAUGUACUAUCUUUAACAAAUCAGUACAAAUUUUCGGAUGCGCAGCAGGGCCGGAUUUAAGGGAGGGCAGGCUGGGCAGCUGCCCGGGGCCCCCACAUUUUGGGGCCCCCACAAAGACCCAAACUUAAAAAAAUCAGCACAUUAUUCACAUAGAAUAAUUUUUGUCAAUCAAUUAACUGUAAUAUUUCGUUAUAUGGAAGGUUUCUGUCCUAUUAAAAAUGUAUUUUUGGCAAUUUACGGUCAUAAAGCAGAAGAUAUAUUUAAGAUAUUCUUGCAAAAAGAUGAUAUCGAUUUGAAAAGCUGCAGGGGACAGUCCUACGACAAUGCGUCAGUUAUGAGUGGAAAAUACAGUGGUGUUCGGCUAAAAUUUAGAUAACACAAUAUCUUGGCGUUGUAGAUUCCAUGUGUCGCCCACUCUCUAAAUUUAGUUGCUAAAGCUGCAGCUAAGUGUUGUCGUGCUGCCAUAGAAUUCUUUGAUUUUUUUUAAGGACUGUAUGAACCCUAUGUAUUUUUCACUUCCUCUACAUAUACAUACAUGUUUAAAAACGUCUUUAAGCGAGAACAACGCCGACCAUGGCAGAAAUAUUAUUGUUCCUAAAAAAGAGUAAAUACUACUAGAUGGUCGUCUAGAAGUGAUGCCGCAAAAGAACUACUUAAAGGUUAUAAUCAGAUUAAAGGAGUAUUAUCCAACAUUUCAAAAGACGAUGGGCAACAAUUUGAAACACGUAGCGAUACAAAUGGUUUGUAUAAUCGAGUGUGUUUACUGAACACAGGGAUAUUUGCAAUAUUUUGGAAUGAAAUCUUAGAGAGGACAAACAGCACAAGUUGUAUUCUCCAAGAUCCAAAUAUUGACCUUAAUUCAGAAGUGGCGGCACUUAAAUCAAUUAAAAAAUUGAUAUUAUUUUAAGGAAUAUUUCAGAGACUGAAAUGACAACAUCAGAGAAAUUUAGGACCCAAAAUUUUAUAGCUAUUAUAGAUCACUUCAUUUCCUCUUCAAGUUACAGGCUUUCGGCACAUGAAUCCAUUCAUUCCAAAUUUGGAUUUUUAUAUUAUUUGGAAAAUUGAACUCCCAAUGAAAUUGAAGCUCACUUACUGAAGCUUACCGAUAAUUAUAAGAUACAAAACUAGGUGUCGAACUAGUACAAUUUGUAGAAUUUUUCAAUUCAUUUAAAGAGGAAAUUCAAGAACUUCAAAUGUACCUACGGUUAAAAAAAAUGUGAAUGAUGCGGUUCCAAACGUUGUAGUGCCACUUCGUUUAUAUUUAGUUCUGAUGGUAACUAACUGCAGUGGAGAGAGAUCAUUCUAAAAAUUUAAGUUAAUUAAAAAUUGACAUCGGUCUAUGAUAGGCCAAGAGCGUUUGAACCAUCUCUUUAUAAUGAGCAUUGAACACAUUGCCUUAAAGCAACUAGACAUGCCCGACAUAAUCAAGGAAUUUUCAGUUAAAAAAUCUCGAAAAGUACCCAGACUUUAACCAUAUCAUAUUCAUAACAACAAUUUGUUUAAUGGUAGGAGGUAGGGCCCCACACCAAUUCUGGACAGGGGCCCCCACACCAUUUCUGCCCAGGGGCCCCCACUGCCUUAAAUCCGGCUCUGAUGCGCAGAUGACAUAGAUAUCAUAGGUAGGUCCACAGAAUCUCUGACUGAAACAUUUCGGUCGUUAAGAGCAUUUGCACAGAGAAUGGGACUAAAUAUAAAUGUUCAGAAGACGAAAUAUAUGUGUUGCACUAGGUCAAGCAACCUGACACCUACAAGAAUAAUAAUUGAUGACCUAGAACUGGAAGGUGUCGACACCUUCAUAUAUGCGUACUUAGGCUCGCUGCUAACUAAGUAUAACAAUGUCAGUGAAGAAAUUAAAAGAAGAAUAGUGCUCGCCAAAAAGUGUUACUAUGGCUUAAGAAGACAGAUGGCCUCAAAAAUACCUAGAAAAAUUAAAUUGACUGUCUACAAAACACUUAUAAGACCAGUGCUAACAUAUGGUUAAGAAACUUGGUCACUUACACAUAAUUACCAAGAACUGCUCAAACAUUUUGAGCGAAAAAUCCUUAGACGAAUAUAUGGAGGCAUAAAAGAACAAGGUUUGUGGACCAGGCGUUACAACUUUGAGUUGUAUAGAAGUUUUGGAGAACCUGACGUUGUAAAAUUUAUUAAGGUAGCACGCCUUAGAUGGAUAGGUCAUGUGAUCAGGCGAAAGGAAGAUGCCCUAGUCAGAAAAGUUUUUGACCGAAGAUGGCGGAUAGGACAACGAUCAAGAGAAAGACCGAGACUUAGGUACCAAGACAACUUAGCAAAUGAUUUAAAAUCUAUUCAAAUUAGACAGGACCGCCGCUAAAGUGUUGGCUGCCCGUGUGCAACUUAAUAUUUGCCGCCCCCCUUUAGUCGUUUCAACAAAUGUACUAGUAUUUAAAGAAAUGUGCAGGAGAUACAUCGUAACCAUAACGGGUAUAUGAAAAAUAAUUGCUCUGAUCUCGACGUUACUUUUAGACCUGGAUCCCGCGUACCAAGAAAAGUUGAUUAAUAGCAAGCUGAAAAUUUGUUAAUAGCUUAACGGUGUCUAGUCGGACAAACUUUGAUGUAUGGGAACACUGGAACAGGGAAGUUUUAAUUGUGGAACAAGUUAAAAAUUUGGAACGUCAGACUAAAACAGCAGUCUGAUUUUUGCAUGAGAGUUUAAUGAAAGGGUAGCAAAUAAUUGGAUGUUCUGUCCGACAAAAUACACGGGAUGUUUUCGUAAUCUGAAGUACCAAAUUUUUAAACUGUUCCACAAUCAAAACUUCCCCUGUUCCAGUGUUCCCGUACAUCAAAGUUUGCACGACUAGACACCGUUAAGCUAUUAACAAAUUUUCAGCUUGCUAUUAAUCGACUUUUUUUGGCACGCGGGUUCCAGGCCUAUUUGAAAUACAGUAGUGUGCAAAAGAAACGGGCACACUACUAUACAUCUAUUACAAACAAAAUCGUUUAUCAAAAGCGUGUCUAAAAUCAUCAAAUUCUCAACUUAGGCUGAACUAUAACCCAUUUAUAACCAUACAUAAACAUAAAGGAACAAUAUUAUAACAGAGCAACCAUCGAGUAAUAAAGAAGAUUUUUUAAACCAUCGAGUAAUAAAAAAGACUUUUUUAUUACUCAAUGAGAGUAACUUAACAAGCAGUUAUCUAAAUUCUCGGAAAGUAUCCUAUUGCUGUGUCGUACUCUCUUAACAAAUCAUAAAUGUUCAGAAUUUGAAAAAUUCGCAUAUGGACCACGUAGAUAAAAAUAUCCUUAAAGUCCGAAAACCGCCAGCCACUUUAAAUUAAAAAGCAUUCCCAGAACUACUUUAUGACUACAGCGUGCUACAGCUGCAAAAAGGCAGUUCAUAUAAUAAAUAACAUUUUCUGGCAUUUUUGUUUAGAUUGUUUGGAAUAUUAGAGUUUAUAGAAAUAUCUGAAUCGUUACUAUUUGUUUUUUGAAUUUAUUUUCGUUUAAAUAAAAUUAUCAUCAGUGGACUGCUUUUGGCCGCCCCUAUAAUCGGCCGCCCGUGUGCGAUGCACACUUUGCACACAUGGUAGCGGCGGCCCUGGAAUUAGAGCAUGGGGAAGAGUUGCCAGAGACAGAGGCGAAUGGAGGAUUGCUUUGAAGAAGGCUUUGUUUUAUAAAGAGCUGCAACGCCACUGAUAAUGAUGAUAACACAGGACUCCCCACACAAUACGUGGGUUGCGUGUCCAGAGGGUAUAUCCUCACAUUACGGACUGUAAGUAGCAACUGAUUUGAAUGGCAUUUUGAAAGGACGUCCUUUGAUGAUGAACUUUUUAGUUCGAAAACUUUCUAUGAUGUAGCGCCUUAAGGGAUUUUUAAAUAAAAUAUACCUUUUAUAAAGAAUUUUACUAUUUUUUUGUGAUUAUAGCUUUUUUCCUUCUGGAUUCACGAAACAGUUUUACUCCCGAAAUUUUCCAAAUUUGUGUUUAAAUCUUUUAAAUCGAACUACAUUUUUUAAUUCUAAGGGAGAUAAAUUUGAAUUUUAUGUGCUAAACAGUGUUAAUUUAUUUUUAAAGCCGCCAAAACAAGGUUUGGCACAACGUAUACCGAUUUCAUUGGAAUAACCGUCAUAGUUAAAUA